CAAAUGCAGAAGUGGUUCUCAUCUUUUUUUGCAGCUUAAGAUCUACCUUGAUAUUUGAAGAGAUCUAAACUAGAUCAAUUUCUUUCACAGGAUCAACUAAACAGUGUACCAGAAUGAAUUCUGAACUUGACUAUUACGAAAACUUUGAAGAACUCCAUGGGAUUCUAAUGUAUAAACCUUUCGUCAAAUAUUGGGAUGAUGUGGAAGCAUUCCAGGCAAGACCAGAUGAUCUUGUCAUUGCCACCUAUCCUAAAUCUGGCACAACCUGGGUUAGUGAAAUUGCAUAUAUGAUCUAUAAAGAGGGUGAUGUGGAAAAGUGUAAAGAAGAUGCAAUUUUUAAUCGAAUACCUUUCCUGGAAUGCAGAAAUGAAAACCUCAUGAAUGGAGUAAAACAAUUAGAUGAGAUGAAUUCUCCUAGAAUUGUGAAGACUCAUUUGCCACCUGAACUUCUUCCUGCCUCAUUUUGGGAAAAGAAUUGUAAGAUAAUAUAUCUUUGCCGGAAUGCUAAGGAUGUGGCUGUUUCCUUUUAUUAUUUCUUUCUAAUGGUGGCUGGUCAUCCAAAUCCUGGAUCCUUUCCAGAGUUUGUGGAGAAAUUCAUGCAAGGACAGGUUCCUUAUGGUUCCUGGUAUAAGCAUGUAAAAUCUUGGUGGGAAAAGGAAAAGAGUCCACGUGUACUAUUUCUUUUCUAUGAAGACCUGAAAGAGGAUAUCAGAAAAGAGGUGAUAAAAUUGAUACAUUUCCUGGAGAGGAAGCCAUCAGAGGAACUUGUGGACAAGAUUAUACAUCAUACUUCAUUCCAGGAGAUGAAGAACAAUCCAUCCACAAAUUACACAACAAUGCCAGAUGAAAUUAUGAACCAGAAACUGUCGCCCUUCAUGAGAAAGGGAAUUAUAGGAGACUGGAAAAAUCACUUUACAGUAGCCCUGAAUGAAAAAUUUGAUAAACAUUAUGAGGAGCAAAUGAAGGAAUCUACACUAAAGAUUCGAACUGAGAUCUAAGAAGGUCUUUCUUUACUUAGCAUAUCUGAUAUUAAAGAUUUCUUUUCAUUAUUCUCCACUUUUUCUUAUUUUACAUUGCUAGAAAAGACAUAAUCAUGGAUUACGGUGACAUUUUCUUUUUAAAUUUUUGUUUAACAAUUUUUUUUGAGACAGAGUCUCACUCUCUUGCCCAGGCUGGAGAACAGUGGCACAAUCAGGGCUCAUUGCAGCCUUGACCUCCUUGACUCAAGUGAUCCUCCCACCUCAGCCUCCCAAGUAGCUAGGACUACAAACAUGUGCAACCAUGCUUGGCUAAUUUUUUUAUGUUUUUUUUUUUUUUUUUUUUUUUUUUUUUGUAGAGAUGAGGUCUUACUAUAUUGUCCAGGCUCAUCUUGAAUUCCUGGGCUCAAGCCUCCCAAGUAGCUGCAACAACAGGCACACACCACCAUGCUCAACUAAUUUUAUUAUUAUUAUUUUUUUUGUAUAGACAGGGGCUUGCUAUAUUGUCCAGGCUGGUGUCAAUCCCUUGAGUUCAAGUGAUCCUCCCACACCAGCCUCCCAGAAUACUGGGAUUACAGGCAUGAGGCACCAUGCCUGGCCCAGGUAACAUGUUUAUUGAGCUGUACAUAUACAUGAGAAAUAAGAAACUUUUUUUUCUCCUGCUAUUAUCUCUUAAAUUUUGUUUUAUUUUUCUUUUGCUUCCUCUUCUUCUUUUCUAUUUUUUAUAAAUAUUAUGCACAACUAUAACCUAUGGGAAUGAUGUAGUAACAUAGAAUAUUCAUCUUGUUAGAGUUGUAUUCAAAAUAAACAAGCACUUCAAAUUA